CCCCAACGAGCCGUCCAUGUCUUCCUCAGCUGAUUGAAGACAACAGUGACCGAGGGCAGACCCAGGCGUGGCAAGACUCGCCUAUUUGACCCUAUUUUGACCCUAUUGUGACCCCCCUGGACCACAUGACCCCCGGAAAUAAGGGUUAGGGGGCGCAUACAGAGCCUCCAGCCUGGGUUUCUUCAGGCACUUGUUUAUUAGCCAAGCCACAAGGCAAGAUGAAGAGUUUGGGGUCUCGUGUCUAAUGCCCAGCCCAGGAUUCCAUCAGAGUUAGCCCCUGCACCACACCUGGUUUUCAGAGUAAACAAUGGCGAGCAUCAAGGUCCCUGAGCAGAAGAUAAUCCUGUGUGGGGAGUAUGGCGUGGGGAAGAGCUCUUUAUUCCGACGCUAUGCCACCAACACUUUCGUUACGGCAACAGACAGGAAAUCCACCCUUGGCCUGGACCACUACGAGAAGGUGUACAGGACGGGAGACAAGGAAGUAAAGCUCCAGCUCUGGGACACGGGCGGCAUGGAGCGCGUGGCCAGCAUUACUUCCUCUUAUUACAAGUUUGCUGAGGCCGCCAUCCUGGUGUUUGCGCUCGACAACCCAGACUCCUUCAACAUCCUCUCCCAGCACCUCCUGGACAUCGUGACGUACGCCGAGAAUGCCAAGAUAUUCCUCUGCGGCAACAAGUAUGACCUCAAGAGCCAGAUUCAAGUCACUGAUGCAGACAUGGAAAACUUUUGUGAACAGUGCCACAACCUCAUUUCUGGGAUCUACAAGACCUCGUGCAAGACAGGCGUUGGAGUAGAGGAAAUGUUUGCCGACAUAGCGAGGCAGCUCAGCGACUCCAACAGGUCCCGGAAAGAACUGGAGUCCAUGAACAAGGAUUCCUUCAAGGUGACUCCUCCUGAAGGUGAACCCGAGGACUCCUGCCUUUGUUGAGUGACGGUGGAGUGCUAAGGAUCAGUGUAAGCCAUCUUCAUCAGUUGUGCACCUCUACAGCUGCUGCUGCUGUUGGUGCCCAGCGGCUGCCACCAUUGUGUUGUGGCUCACUGGCUCACAAGGUACUGUGGGGUGCAGACUAUUGGGAUUAAGCCAUUUUUAUUGUGAUUUAAAUAUCAGCUUAAGGCUAGGAAUACUAAUGUUGCAGUUAUCGUUUCUGGUAAUAUAUUUAUAUCUUCGGCUUGUAAUGUAAUAGUGAAGAGCUGUUGCCGUGUGCAGAAUGUAAUUUGUUAUUGAUUACUGUUUUGUAUAUUCAAGGAAUCCUGUUUAUGGGGAAAGGUGUAUACAUAUUUUGUAUGCAAUGUGAAUUUUAUGUGGAGAUCCUUUUUAAAGGGACUAGUCUUCUGUAGCCUUAAUAGGUAGCUUGAAUUUUUCAGUUUUCAUCUUAUUUGCAUGUACUGGUUACCUAUUUAUUACUGAUUUCUUGUUUGAGUGUGUUUUGCGUGUGUUAGGAACAAGAGAGACAAAUACAAAAAUCAUGCCUUCCCAGCCCGUGCUCAUGUUACACUUUGUCCUUGAGAACAAUCCUUGGCACAGGGAAGGGAACCCUAACCAACAGUGUUGCAGCAAGUCCUUCAACAGUUAACCAGUGCCCACAGCAAGCUCUCAGUGAAGCAGCCUGACUCAGUGUGUUCUUGAGACUGUCUGCAGGGAUGACUUUGAGAAGUGAUGAGAGCCUGAGUCUGUGUGUGUGUGUGUUUGCGUGUGUAAAGCAGCUGGUUCACCUGCAGUAGUCCAGCUUUACCACUGAUGCUGCUGCUUCAUAAUGCUUCUUUUAUAAGCCAAGUACAGAUAGCCACAGUCAGAAUUGUCAUGCUACCUUCACAACAAGCUUCUGUUGUGUAAAUGUCGAGAAACUAUGAAGCAAGAAAGAACCACAAAGAGCACAGCCCAGGAACACAGUUUAGUUGUGUUGCUGGUGUGAGGCUGCCCUAGACUCAUGGGUGCCUUGAAGACUUAACGUUACUCUUUUAUUUUAUGUUGAGUGACAAAUCCAGGCGCCAUCAUGCCCCUCCCUUCCUUCCUCCCUCCCUGCUCACAUAAGGAAUCACAUGUUAACAACUCGUCCCUCCCAUUCUUCUGCCUAAUCUUCAGGGGCAAGAUGGACACCCUGGAAUAGGAAACACCAGCCAACUUUCCUGUACUUAUUUUUGGUACCAUUUAUCUAUGAAACGAUUGAUAUCUCUAUUUUGUUUUCAGGCCUGUAAUUUUGGCACUUUUUUGGGGGGGGCUAGAGGGCAUCAUAGGUUCAUGAGUGUGGGGGAUGGGGGGGGUAGGCAAAGCAAGCAUGUGCAGCUGGAGGAUUUUUUUAAAUAUGUAAGCACUUUUUGGAAAACAUUGGGAGAGCUAUAGGGCCAUAUUUUUAAACAUUUCUGCGCCCAAGAACACGUAAUUUACUAGUCUUUCAUGGGAGUUUAGGGCAUUUCCAGGGGUACUUUUAUGACCCUGGUGGUAGUCUGAGCCUUCUUCUGUACCGUGAACCUAAAAGAACACUCAUUAGAACUCGAUUAACCUCCUUUUUGGCCUUUGGAAAUAGUGUGUGUGAGGGGUGGGAGCAUCUGGCAAUACCAACCAUAGGCCCCCUAGCUUCCCCCAGAAAUUACAGCCCUGAUUUUAUUGUGUAAUAGGUCUAACAUUAGAGAAGUGGAUACAUGACUUAGGAGUACUGGCUAAGCCUCCCCUGAUGGUAGGUGGCAAGUCCAUUACCAGAAGGCACCAUUGUGUAGUGUAGGGGCAGGCAGUGGCCUUCCUGACCUCUGAAAUCUUGCCUCCUUUUCUCAACCUGUCUCCUCUGACAAUCCCUUCUUUGAGAGUGAUCAGGACAGAACAAUCUCUAGUCAUUCUUUUCCAAGCAUACUGAGGACCCCUGAAGCCUGUCCUCUUUAGAAGCUUUCAUAAUCAACUAAGGGAAACUUAUUUGCUUUUAUGAUGCCGCAGGACGAUGUGUUCCCCUCACUCUACCUCAAACAAGAAGUCAUGGUGGUGGUAACAGGUGGUUUGUCCUUAGCUUUGGUGGUGUGAAGAAUUGCUUUGAUCUGCUGCACUAGGUCACUCAUUGGUGCCUAGUUAGUGAUGCCCUUUAGCUGAGCCAGUAACCUUGUGCUCAGUGAGAGGUGCAAGAGUGGUGAAUGUGAGGCAGAGCAGUUGGACCUACUCUAUCGUGUCUUUCGUUUGGUAGUCAGAUCAUCCAAAUGUUUUUUCCUGUGGCCUCUUUGGUUCUCAUGCAUUAAUCUAUCCAUCCAUUACAGUGUAUAUAGUUUUAUAUACCUGAUAUAAGGAUAAAUACUUCAGGCAAAAGAGCUUAAGACCUAAAAAGUUGGUUUUAAUAUGACUGUUAUGACACUAAGCUGUAGCUGACCCAACACAAUAACCAGUGCACCCCGAGUCAUGCAUCCCAACACUUGUACAUGCAAGAAUGCCUUGUGUGGAGAGUAUGAGUGUAGUUCCUUUUGUCCUGGUCAUUCCACCAAGUGUGAAGAGUAAGUAAUAAGGUCCUAACUGUUUAUCAUUACAAACCAUUCUUAAUACUGGUAACCAUUCUUAAUGAUACUGAUAUGGUGUAUAUGUUUCAUAUAUUACUUUAAGCAGGUACUUAAACAUUGGUGACUGACCCAGUUGCUAAUGAGCCUAGUUUUGUUCACUACCAGCUAAGUAACAUAUCCAAAACCUUUGUUUUGACACUGCUGUUUAUUUCUGUCAUACAAUCACUUCACCUAACAGUGCUGGGUGAUGCCACAGCUCAUUUUUGAUCAGCUGUUAGUAUUCUGACCAGUGCUGUCAGGAACGCUGCAUAAACAGGAUGUAGGUCACUGCUUUACUAAAAAGGGAUAUAAGAUCAUUUAUAUGGAGCAGGUAAUUUAGUAUAGUGUUGGAUGUGUUUGUAUUUUAUAUAAGUUUUGUAUGAAAACUUAGCAAGGUUUCAAGCUAGAGUUGUUUUUGUUUUGUUAGGCAGCAUUUGAUGGGCAGGCAUUCUGUUGAUGUAUACUUUACCGAGUCUUUUGUACUGCUUAAAUGAAAGCUCAUAGGAGUUCAUCAAGUGAUAGUGCACAUGUUGAUAUAUUUAUAAUAGUUUAAUUUUUUGAGGUCUAUUGAUGGCCGGGGUUCCUGACUCAGAGUGAAUGUUCCCCUCAGGAACACACACCAGGUAAACUGUGGCUGCAUAGAUGCUGCUGCUAAAAGUCGUUUGUUGUAUGUUUCAUAAUUCUUGUUGAAAGGCAUUCAGCUUGGAGGAGUGAGCAUUGCAGCAUCAGUUGGCCAUUGUUACCUGGGUGCACACGAUUCACAAUGUUGCGGUUCUUACUUAAUUAGCAGCUUUUUCUGAACCUGAUGCCAUAAAUAGGGCAAUGCAACAGUGUGUGGUGAUAUCAUGGUGUCGUGCCCCUGACGGUCACUUAAAUGGUCAGGAACCAUUGUUCAAUAGCAACUUUUUAUGAUGGGUUAAGAGGCAAGGAGGGAUUAAAGAUGAGAGAGAGAGAGAGAGAGAGAGAGAGAGAGAGAAUAAAUGAAUGAAUGAAUGAAUUUCAAAGAAAAGUAAAAGCUGUGUUACUCAUUCACUGUUACUAUUGUUUCUUUACUCAGUAGGUGUUUCCAUUCCAGUGUGUGGAAUAAAAAAAUGGUCAGAUUGAUUGCACUAAUGCCACAGUGGGUGUGCUCCAGAUUAGUUUGACGGUAAAUUUUUAUAAACCGAAUCCUGAAGUAAUUCUGCAUGUUCAUAUCCUGCCUUUGAUGCUGCGUGACAUUUCUGAUGGAACUCACUUCCACGACAUCUGUGUUACAAAACACAUGAGAAAUUGACGUAUUCGGGAGAAAAGAUAGUUUUUUUAAUGUUCUGCAUGGGAUUCAAACUCAAGCUUCCGAGACCAGACGGCAGACAUGCUAGUGUUGAGCCCAAAGGACCUUCGUGGUCCAAGGCCUUUUUGGGAUUUUUAUCUGUGUCUUGGGCCAUCACACAUUAUCUGGGAUACAUUAGUGCCAAAAGCAUAAUCUUUUAGUCUUUCCCAGGUGUGGCAGAAAUGUGAACAUGCAGACUUUACAAUGUAGUGUUAUAUUCUGAUCUUCCUGUCUUAGCACAUAAUUAAGAUUGCUUGAAAGUCACACAAAUUCUACUCCUCAGUAUGUGGGAAAGUGUUUGUCAACAGGUGGAAGACUAGAACUUGAGCACAGAGAUAUUUACCUGCACAUAUAUAUGGAAGGCACUUAAUGGAGGGUUUUCUUUUUAUUAAUAUUAUCAAUGCAGGAUUUUUUUUUAUUUUGUUAAGUAAUUUUUUUAUCAGUCUGUAAUGAGACAAUAACUUUGAAAGCAAAGUUUACCCAUAAGUAUUUCAGACUUAGCUCUUUCAGAUUGGUGCCACCAGUAACAAUUCACCCAAACAAUUAACAGUAUAAUGUCAGGUGCUGAUUUUGCUUCCCUGUCUCUCUACUUUUUUUUAUUGAUAAUCUAGAGUUAUAAGGAUGAAAAUCACAUUUUACUUAAGAUUAUAUUAUGGCUGAUUUUUUUCCUUGUUCUCAUUGUAUCCCAUCAGCCUAGUGAUGGAUACACUGGACUGGAGGGGGUUGUGGGUGAAUGUAUUGGUAUGCAAGGAUGAGUUAUUUUUUUGGCAAUAAAUGUAUUCAGUAUUUUAUUCCUGUGUGUAUGUGCGUGUGUGUGUGUGCAUUUGUUUGUGUGAGAGAGAGAAGUAGAGAUAAUGAGCAGGAUGAAGAGCCUUUGAUAUGAAAAAUAGGAAUCUCCAAAUUAGUGAAUGAUAUAAGCACAAGAAAAGAUUGAAGGUGCAAGAAGGUAACAGUGUUAACAGUGAAUGUGAAUUCUUAAUGGUAAGAAGAGUGGGCAGCAGUGUAUUAUAAUGGUCAUAAUACUUAUUCCAUGGGUAUGGUGCUUGAGGAUGUGUUAGCAAUGCUGUUUCUGCAGGAUGAUGACUGGCCUCGUGCUUCUGUUAACCUUUGUAAACUUUAGCUGCUGUACCUGUUUUAAUAAUGAAUAAUUUUUAGUCA